AUGUACGCGAAAGUUGUGUGUUUUGUCCUGGUGUUACUUAUGUGCGAAUGUAACGGCUCUAGAAUAGUAUACCGCGCAAGUGGUGCCACUGCAGGGAAUACUUCAGAUAGUAUACCCUUAGGACCAUUUACAAAUCUUCCGAGCAGUGAUCAAAGUGAAAUAGCAAACUUUGCCAAUAGUCUCCAGGCUAAUAUACCCUCAGGACUAAAGCCGAACAUUCCUGACAACAUACGAAGUACUGUACCAGAGGGACAGAAUCCAAAUCCUAACAAUGACCGAUAUAGUAAGUUAUCAGGAUCGUGA